AGCGGCGGUGAUGACAAAAGACAAGACACUCUGGCGCACACGGCACCCACAUCCUUCCGGCGGCAGACGCGCGGGCUCCAUCCGGAGCUCCCGGCGGAAGCGACGGCGCGGGGCGGGGCCGGGCAGCCAUGGCGGCCAUGGCAGCGGAGCAGCGUGAGCUGGGGCGUCUCUCCGCGCUCGCCGUGUACCGCCGGGUAGCGGGGGCCGGACGGAUGGAGCGGCGCCGCCGCGGGGCCCCGCUGCCCGCGGGUCGCAAGCGGGCCAAGGCCCGCCUGAGGCGCGGCCGGGCUGGAGGCGGCGGCUCGGAGCCGGAGGCGCCGCCGCCAGCCGCGAGCCGCGUGGAGCUCCCCGUGGAGGCCCCCGUGGAGGCCCCCGUGGAUCCUCGGCCCGAGGCGACGGCCGCCGGGCCUGACACGAAACCGCGGGGCGGCCCCAAGGCGAUGCCGGGCGGUCCGCGGCCGGCGGGGGAGGACGGCGGCGGUGUGUCGGGGCUGCUGCGGCAGCUGGCGCGGCUGGAGGACAGCCGGCAGCGGGCGGCCGAGCUCUUCCGCUGGCUGCUGGCCCCGGUGGCGCCGGCGGAGUUCUUGGGGCGGCACUGGGAGCGGGCGCCGCUGCUGGUGCGGCGGGGCGACCCCGGCUACUACGCGGGGCUCUUCUCCACGGCCGACUUCGACGCCGCCCUGCGAGGAGGAGAGGUUCACUUCGGCACCCACCUGGAUGUGACCAGCUAUGCCGAGGGAGUGCGGGAGACGCACAACCCCUCCGGCAGAGCCCUGCCCGCUGUCGUGUGGGACUUCUACCAGAACGGCUGCUCCCUGCGCCUCCUGUGCCCGCAGGCCUUCUCCCCCACCGUCUGGCACUUCCUCGCCAUCCUGCAGGAGCAGUUUGGCAGCAUGGCAGGGGCGAACACAUACCUCACGCCCCCGGGUACGCAGGGCUUUGCCCCCCACUAUGAUGACAUCGAGGCCUUCGUGCUGCAGCUGGAGGGGAAGAAGCACUGGCGUGUCUACAGGCCCCGAACAGAUGCUGAGGUGCUGCCCCAGUUCUCCAGCGCAAACCUCACACAGCCUGAACUUGGUGAGCCUGUGUUGGAGACUGUGCUGGAAGCCGGGGACCUGCUGUACUUCCCCCGUGGCUUUAUCCACCAGGGUGAUUGUCUCCCUGAUGCACAUUCACUCCACAUCACUGUGUCUUCCUACCAGAGGAAUUCCUGGGGGGACUUUCUGGAGAAGCUCCUCCCAGCUGCCCUGCAGAUGGCCCUGGAGGAAGACGUGGAGUACCGACGGGGGCUUCCCAUGGACUACCUGCAGUAUAUGGGGGUUUCUAACUCAGACACAGUCGAUGCUCGGCGAACAGCCUUUGUGGAGAAGGUGCAGAGCCUGAUAAAGAAACUUGUUGACUAUGCACCCAUCGAUGCUGCCGUGGAUCAGAGAGCCAAGUCGUUUCUUCAUGACUGUCUUCCUCCAGUGCUUACUGAAAGUGAAAAGGCGCAGAGUAUCUAUGGCUUCCCGGCCCGGUGGCAAGAUGGAGGCCCCUGCAAUGUUGAUAUUCUGAUAACAAAAGACACCGAAGUACGCCUGCUCCGUCAUGGCAUCGUUAGACUGUGUAAUGAAGAAGCAGGUGUGAUGCUGUACUACACUACAGAAAACUCAAGAGUGUAUCAUAAGGAAGAACCCAAGUUCCUUGAGCUAGAUCCUGAAUAUACAGACAGUAUUGAAUUUCUCCUGUCUUCCUAUCCAAAUCAUGUAAGUGUGGCUAACCUUCCAUGUGAAACCUUGGAGGAAAAGAUUUCUCUAGCUACACUUCUGUUUGAGAAAGGUAUUCUGACUACAAAGAAACCUCUGGCAAAAGUCUAACUCUUAUUUUUUCACAAAAUAAAAGUACACUUGUUUAGAAAA